UUCUAGAGGAUGUCGUUACAAUCAUUCAAUCAUAAAAGGGUGUCCUGAGAAGCCACCUAAGCGCAACUUAUUAUAUAUGAUCUGCUAAAUUAUCAGAAUUGGACAGCAGUAUCGAAUUCUCGCACCCGAAGAAUAUCAGAAUGAAGUUAUUCAGUUGGAUGCAUCGGAAGCUACAACAAGAUGCCACUAGUUCAAUGCAGGCUUCAAGUCUUGGGAAUUCUUGUAGUUGCUUGCUGCUUAUGCCAAGUAAUGACUCCAAACAAAUGUGGCAGCCAAAUAGGCACUGUCAGGAUGAAUUCGGUGGCAACAACGAUGAAGAGUUCAAUGAAGAACAAUCCUCGGAAAUAUUCCCAGGCUUCCUUACAAUCGGAACUCUUAGUGUCGAGCCAAUAUCGGAACCCCCAACACCAACAUUUGAUUUCCCUUAUGAGGUAACAAAUGAAGGAGUUAUGACAGACAUGAAAUACGACUUGAAGCUCAUUAAUGAAGAAUUAGAGAAAUUUCUUAAGGUUGAAGCUGAAAAUGAAGGAAGCACCGAGUCAUCAAGGAAAAACAGUCAAGCAAGUACUAUAACUCUCGGAGAUGAGGUGAACGAUCUGAGUGAUUACAACUCAGUUGAUAAGCAAGUAUAUCCCCUACAAGGAUAUCUUCUUGGGUCAUCCACUGAACUCCCGGAAACAAAACCAAAGAAAAAGAAAGGAAACGUGUCCUUAAAUGCGCUUUUUAAGAAGAGUACUAUGAAAGACAGAAGACCGAAACAACCCAUAAAAGAAGUCCAAUCGUCUGAUCAUCUAAUGAACAAGAUGCUGCAGCCAACUCAAAAUUCUCCUAUGAUCAGCGAAAAUCCUACUCGUCAUGAUGCAGUUGAGUCGUUUUUCACUCUCAAAAAGCUCAAGAAGAUCAACCGGGUUUUCCACAAAAAAGUUCAUCCUGAUAUCAGUAAAGUUAAAGUUCCCGCAAAAGAGUGCAAGUGCAGCAAGUAUGACAAAAAGAAGAAUCCCAAAUCCUACAUAGAUUCAGCACUCACCAGUGGAAAGACUAGGAUUGGCUGUUGGGGCGCUCUGAAAGGAAAUAAAGAUAUGAAACUACCUCGAGAUGCAAUGACCGAGAAAAAUCUAGAUGAACUGAAAGAUGAAAGUGACAGCGAAGAAAUGGAGCAUUGGAUCAAAACCGAUGAAGAGUAUUUUGUGCUGGAGCUGCAGCAGAACAAAGGAGUUCAGACUUCAGAAUCGGAAGUUAUUUCUGCCUAGUAUGCUUACAGAUACCAGUAAUGCCACACAUCGUUAGACAUACACGAGCUCAGGAAGUCAUUUGCAAGACUCUUUCUCUGUUCAUACGGCAGUUCUGCUAAAGAUAAUUAUGAUGUGCUUUUCUCUUCCUUUUUUCCUCUUUCUCCAAUGGUUAUCGGUUACUACUCUUAGUGUGCUUUGUAAAAAUCAGGUGUGCUGCUAUUGUCUUCCAGUCUUCCUUUAUAACAAGUUCAUUCAGCACUCGAUAUUACAUAUUGUAAUGAUAAUGUGACAGUAAUGAUUCAGAUAUCGAAUAAAGUUCAUAAGUAAUUUAUCAAAUGAAGUGAUCAUACAGCACAUAAUAAUAUACCAUAUUCUACGUGAUAGUCACAAAGCAUAUACAGUUGAGUUUUCCUUACAGCGAUAUUAGAGAAGGAUGACUAUAGCUAGAUUGGAUUGUCAAAUAGCAGCCAAAACAAACACUUCCCUAAUCAGCUGAAACAAGCUGGCAAGAAACCAGUUUAGUAUGUACAAUCAAAAAAAUACGGCGCCUCACAAUUAGACGAG